CGGCGCUCGGCGGGGGCGGAGUCUUCGUGGUACUUCCAGGUCGUUGGCAGCUGUGAUGGGCGGCGCGGGUAGCCCAGGGACCCGCCUCCCGGGGGAGCCGCCUCUGGUCCCUACAAAUCCACUCAUAGCGCCCCGGCCACAGUGAGUGGACACAGGGACCCCGGACAGCUGCCACGUACAGCAGCUCCAGAAUGAAAAUGCGGCUCUUGGGGUUGGUGGUCUGUUUGGCCCUUGGGACUGUGCAUUCGGACGGGCCCAGAGGGAAGUGGACACCUGUGGACCCUGAAGUCAACAUGAAUGUGAGUGAAAUUAUCUCUCACUGGGGAUUCCCUAGUGAGGAGCACCUAGUUGAGACUGAAGAUGGCUACAUUCUUUGCCUUCAGCGAAUCCCUCACGGGAGGCAGAACCACUCUGAUAAAGGCCCCAAACAAGUUGUGUAUCUACAGCAUGGCUUGCUUACAGAUGCCAGUAACUGGAUCACAAACCUUGCCAACAACAGCCUGGGCUUCAUCCUUGCAGAUGCCGGUUUUGAUGUCUGGAUGGGGAACAGCAGGGGAAAUACCUGGUCUCGGAAACACAAAACCCUCUCGGUGUCUCAGGAUGAAUUCUGGGCCUUCAGUUUUGAUGAGAUGGCAAAUUAUGACCUACCAGCUUCAAUUAACUUCAUUCUGAAUAAAACUGGCCAAGAACAGUUGUAUUAUGUGGGUCAUUCUCAAGGCACCACUAUAGGUUUUAUAGCAUUUUCACGGAUCCCUGAGCUGGCCAAAAGGAUUAAAAUGUUUUUUGCCCUGGCUCCUGUGGUUUCACUCCAGUUUGCUACUAGCCCUCUAAUCAAAUUAGCAAAAAUUCCAGACUUGAUCUUUAAGGACGUAUUUGGAGUCAAAAAUUUUUUACCUCAGAGUGCAGUUCUGAAGUGGCUGAGUACCCAUGUUUGUACCCAUGUCAUUCUGAAGGAGUUGUGUGGAAAUGCCAUGUUUAUUCUGUGUGGAUUUAAUGAGAGAAAUUUGAAUAUGUCUAGAGUGGAUGUGUAUUUGACACACUCUCCUGCUGGAACUUCUGUGCAAAACAUGAUCCACUGGAGCCAGGCUGUUAGAUCCCCAAACUUCCAAGCCUUUGACUGGGGAAGCAUUGUCAAGAAUUAUUUUCAUUACCACCAGACUUACCCUCCCACUUACAAUGUGAGAGACAUGCCUGUGCCGACUGCAGUCUGGAGUGGGGGCCGGGACUGGCUCGCGGACGUCCUUGACGUCAGUAUCUUACUGACCCAGAUCACCAACUUGGUGUACCACAAGCAGCUUCCUGAAUGGCAGCAUCUCGACUUUAUCUGGGGCUUGGAUGCCCCUUGGCGGAUGUAUAAUGAAAUUAUUAAUCUAAUGAGGAAAUACCAGUGAAAGCCAGGCUUGAGAAAUUUACAGCCAAGUCGUUGGUCAAGAUGUGUUAAGAUGUGUUUGCUUAUUUCCUAUAAAAUACUUGUUUCUCUUUCCCAGGCCUUUUAUAUUUUUAUACCCAAUGAAAUUGAUUUUGAAGAUACCAAAUUCUCACUAGUUAGGAUUAGAAACAUAUUAGCUGCUUCUUUUUUUUUUUUUUUUUUUUUCCUACUUUGUGAUCCUUGUCAGAGUAAUUGGUUGUGGUAGCCAGGCACUAUCUGGUUCUUCUGGGCUCAGGCUGGUGGAGGCUCUGGUUCAUGUGGUCCAUUUGCCCUUUGGACUUAUAUUUUCUUGUGUCUUUGGUUUUCUUCCUUCCCCUUUGCUCUAGAUGAGAUGGAACAAAUAAAUGUAUCUUAGAGGGCCACUUACAAGCUUUUAGGAUCGCAGAUGCUGCUCACCAAAGUAGGAUGUAGAAUAUUUUCUUUAUGCACUGUUUUAUGCCAGUUGGCCUAGAUGUUCCCUGAGACCAUGGUCCCAGCCCUCAGCCCCAGUAGCUUUUUUUUUUCAUUUGUUUAAUGAUGAUCAUCAGCUGAAUAUGAAGCUAAUGACUCAACCGUGCGUUGUUUAAGUCUUGAAAAAAUAUGACUGAUUUGUGAAAAGAUCAUUUGAACCAUUCUGUUUGUUCUUAAAAUUUAAAAUAUACUGUAUUGCCUUUUUACUCCCACAAAGGGCGAAUUCACACGUGUUAGAAUUUUUAAACAGCGUUGUUCAUUGGUAAAUAAUCUGGUAAAAACACUUGAGCAAAAUUCAGUGUAGAAGUGCCCAGUUCUCACCUCCUUGCCUUAAAAGGCUCCCCAGUCUAAUGGCCUUGUAUUUAGGGGUCUAAAUGACAGUUUCUCAUGUGUUUUAUUCAGUGGGUGCAGAGUCAAAGCCAGUGACAUCCAGCUAUUCCAGUUAUAAAGGUUCCGUAACGAAUUUUACUUACCAAACCUGUGAUAGCUAUUAUUCAGCCAGCGUUGAAACUGCUCAGGCCAAGCAAAAUUAUUUGUUGGAGCCUUCCAAAACAAUGUACUGACUUUAAAAAAGUGAGACAAAAACUGGUAUGUUUUCAGUAGAUGGAAGACUGGUACACUCAACUGUCUGUAUUCAUACAUUGUAAAUUCUGUGGCAGACUAUAAUUCCACUUGUUUUUUAAGAAGAAGAAAAAUCCUGUGGAACAAGUAUACCACUGUCUUUUCCUGAAGUUUCUGUGUUCUGUUAAACAGUGUCUCAGCAAUGAGGUCUGUGUGAAGCAGACAUCCCAGCCUAUCCACAGGAAGAGUGUCCUAAUCUGGUUUCACACAGAGACAUAUGAAUGUAAAUGUUUCCAGAUUACAACUCAGGGGUUCCUUGAGUGUUUGUAGCUUUAUGUGUAUCCAUGGUGUUACUGUUCCUGAUUUUCAUCCCCGUGUCAGGAAACCCAUAUUCCCACAAUCUUGCGACAUUGUUUCUUUACAAUACUGUCAGCUGGACAAAAUGACCACUCCAAGUUGUUUUUUGUUUUCUUUGUUUACAUAAUUUGAUAUAAUUAGCUACAAUAACAAUACUUAAUAUUGGCUACUAUGUGAAGGCAGACUAAUAGUGCUUUGUAAUAUUGAAAGAGUCUUUCAACUUUUUAAUAAAACUCGUAGAAUUGCA